UUUUGGCUAAUUAUUGGAUAUUAUAUUUCCUUUCUCAUAAAAAAAUGAAUCCUCUUAUAAUAGGGAAAUUAUAAGAGAUGGUGUAAUAAUUUCUCAUUCUAUUUUCCCUUCGAGUGGCGGACAGGAAGGAAGAAGGAUGGGGAUGCAGAUUUUGGGGCUAUGGUCACCUGCUCCUGCUGCGUGGGUUCAUGUGCCUGAAACCCGAAACAAGCCUAUUUACUCGUUACCAACUGUAGCACUAGCAACUACAGCUUCUCUCUCGUCUACACCUCCCACAAUCCAGGUUGUUGGUGGAAAAAAUCCGAGUUGGCAUGGAAAUGUGAACUCCAAUUCCAGUAAUGGUUUUGGAGGGGACACUGAUUGGGUUGAUCUUGAUACGGAUCUUUAUUACUGGACGAAGGCUCUGCGCCCUUUUCAGUGGUAUCCUGGUCAUAUUGCCAAAACAGAAAAAGAACUGAAAGAGCAACUUAAGUUCAUGGAUGUUGUGAUAGAGGUGCGAGAUGCGAGAAUUCCUUUGUCCACAACCCAUCCACAGAUGGAUUCAUGGCUUGGAAAUAGGAAAAGAAUUUUAGUUUUGAAUAGAGAAGAUAUGAUCUCCAAGGCAGACCGGAAUGCUUGGGCAAAUUAUUUUUCAAAGCAGGGAAUAAAGUUUGUCUUUUCCAAUGGGCAACUUGGAAUGGGGACUAUGAAGCUGAGCCGGUUAGCAAAGGCGCUAGCUACAAAUGUAAAUGUCAAACGCAGAGCCAAAGGGCUUCUUCCUCGUCCAGUUCGAGCUGGUAUAGUUGGGUAUCCAAAUGUUGGGAAAUCAUCUUUGAUCAACCGUUUGCUAAAACGUCGAAUGUGUGAAGCAGCCCCUAGACCUGGAGUUACAAGAGAAUUGAAAUGGGUUCGAUUUGGGAAGGAACUUGAGUUGCUAGACUCUCCAGGCAUAAUCCCAAUGCGGAUUAGUGAUCAAUCAGCUGCCAUAAAGCUUGCUAUAUGUGAUGACAUUGGGGAGAGAUCCUAUGAUGUGGCUGAUGUAGCAGCAAUUCUUGUACAGAUGCUGACAAUGAUUCCAUCAGUAGGUGUGAAGACACUUCAUAACCGCUACAAGAUUGAUGUAGAUGGGCAUAAUGGUAGAAUAUUUAUUCAGAAGCUUGCAUUCCACUUGUUCAAUGGGGACACCCAUCAAGCAGGUUUCCGUAUGUUGUCUGAUUUUCGAAAAGGCAAGUUUGGUUGGGUGGCACUAGAGAGGCCACCAAGGUAAUGCUGUUGGAAGCUUUGAAUGGAAUGACUAUAUUUCUAAAGCUUUCAUCCAUGACUGUGAUGCCUUGAGCGUGCCAAGUGUUGAAACUUUGAAGAUACUGAUAUUGGUAUGUCAAGGAGCCAUAGAAGGAGGGAAAAAGCUUCCAAUUAUUCUAAACCCUCGAAGCAAAUUUAGCUGGUACAACAGUAAAAUCUGCACGAGACCCAACCAUGGCAGGUGUAUAUGAAAUGAAGUUUUGGACCAUACAUUGGUAGUGUACUGGUUCAUCUGUUUCUCAGAUUUAUCAAAUUGUUGUCUCCAGGGAAGUUGCAGAAAAAGCAGUUACAAUAUUUUGUAUUUAUCCAAUAUAGCAAAUAGCUGUAGAACCCCUGAUGAAAUGGCUUUUUAAGUAUGCCUCGUGUUUAUACUUCAUACUGAAACAUGUAAUUUUCAAAUUUGUACAUCAAUCCAGAGAAGCUAAUUAUUUGAA